UGGCGGCCGGGGCUUACAGUGGCGGGAGUCGGAGGCAAACGCGGGUCGCGUUGUGGAGGGUGCAAACGGCGGCUCGCGUGGAACUUGGGGGCCAUCUUCUCGGCGUUUCCCUCCGCGGAGCCUUGUCCCCAGGCCCAGAUGCUCUUCAACUCGGUGCUCCGCCAGCCCCAGCUCGGCGUCCUGCGGAACGGAUGGUCUUCAUAUUACCCUCUACAAUCCCUUCUAAGUGGUUAUCAGUGCAGCUGUAAUGAUGAGCACACAUCUUACGGAGAAACAGGAGUCCCUGUUCCUCCAUUUGGAUGCACUUUCUGUACAGCUCCCGGUAUGGAGCAUAUUUUAGCUGUUGCCAAUGAAGAAGGGUUCGUCAGGUUAUAUAACACAGAAUCACAAAGUAGCAAAAAGACAUGCUUCAAGGAGUGGAUGGCUCACUGGAAUGCUGUCUUUGACCUGGCCUGGGUACCUGGUGAACUUAAACUUGUUACAGCAGCAGGUGAUCAAACAGCCAAAUUUUGGGAUGUGAAAGCUGGUGAGUUGAUGGGAACAUGCAAAGGUCAUCAGUGCAGCCUCAAGUCUGUAGCUUUUUCCAAGUUUCAAAAAGCUGUAUUCUGUACGGGUGGGAGAGAUGGCAACAUUAUGAUCUGGGACACCAGGUGCAACAAAAAAGAUGGAUUUUAUAGACAGGUGAAUCAGAUCAGUGGAGCUCACAAUACUGCAGACAAGCAAACCCCUUCCAAACCAAAGAAGAAACAAAAUUCCAAAGGACUUGCUCCUUCUGUGGAUUCCCAGCAGAGUGUUACUGUGGUCCUCUUUCAGGAUGAGAACACGUUAGUCUCAGCAGGAGCUGUGGAUGGGAUAAUCAAGGUAUGGGAUUUACGCAAGAAUUAUACUGCUUAUCGACAAGAACCCAUAGCAUCCAAGUCUUUCCUGUACCCAGGUACCAGUACUCGAAAAUUAGGUUAUUCAAGUUUGGUUUUAGAUUCUACUGGCUCUACUUUAUUUGCCAACUGCACAGAUGACAACAUUUAUAUGUUCAAUAUGACUGGCUUAAAGACUUCUCCAGUGGCUGUCUUCAGUGGACACCAGAACUCGACCUUUUAUGUAAAAUCAAGUCUUAGUCCAGAUGACCAGUUUUUAAUCAGUGGUUCAAGUGAUGAGGCUGCCUACAUUUGGAAGGUUUCCAUGCCCUGGCAUCCUCCUACUGUGCUCCUAGGUCAUUCUCAAGAGGUCACGUCUGUGUGCUGGUGUCCAUCAGACUUCACCAAGAUUGCUACCUGCUCUGAUGAUAAUACACUAAAAAUCUGGCGCUUGAAUAGAGGUCUAGAGGAGAAACCAGGAGGCAAUAAACAUUCCAUAGUGGGUUGGACCUCUCAGAAGAAAAAAGAGGCGAAAGCUGGCCUAGUAAUGGUAUCAAGUGGCCAGAGUACUCCUGCCAAAGCCCCCAGAGCCAAGAGCAGUCCGUCCAUUUCCUCUCCGUUGUCAGCAGCUUGUACUCCAAACUGUGCUGGAGACCUCCCUCUUCCUUCAAAUACCCCCACGUUCUUAGUCAAAAUCACUCCUGCCAAAACCCGGUCUCCAGUCGGCAGAAGAGGCUCCAUCUCUUCUGUGUCCCCCAAGCCACUCUCAUCUUUCAAGAUGUCUCUUAGAAACUGGGUGACCCGAACACCUUCCUCAUCACCACCCGUCACUCCACCUGCUUCUGAGACAAAGAUCUCAUCUCCAAGAAAAGCUCUCAUUCCUGUGAGCCAGAAGUCAUCACAAGCAGAUGCUUGCUCUGAAUCUAGAAAUAGAGUGAAGAGGCGUCUAGACUCAAGCUGUCUGGAGAGUGUGAAACAAAAGUGUGUGAAGAGUUGCAACUGUGUCACUGAGCUUGACGGCCAAGUGGAGAGUCUUCAUUUGGAUCUGUGCUGCCUUUCCAGCAACCAGGAAGCCCUUAGCCAGGACUCUGCAGGUCCUCCCAAAUCAAGCCAGAUUGAAGGUGCUGGUACAGGCAUCUCAGAGCCUCCUUCUCCAGUCAGUCCUUAUGCUUCAGAAGGCUGUGGAACACUGCCUCUUCCAUUGAGACCAUGUGGAGAAGGGUCUGAAAUGGUGGGCAAGGAGAAUAGCUCCCCAGAGAAUAAGAACUGGUUGUUGGCCAUGGCGGCCAAACGGAGAGCUGAGAAUUUAUCUCCACGAAGUCCAUCAUCCCAGACACCCAGUUCCAGGAGACAGAGUGGAAAGACGUCACCAGGCCCGGUCACCAUUACUCCCAGCUCCAUGAGGAAGAUCUGUACAUACUUUCGUAGAAAGUCUCAAGAUGACUUCUGUAGUCCUGAACACUCAACUGAAUUAUAGAUUCUAAUCUGAAAGUUCGCUGAACUUGGGUCUACAAAGAUGGGGGUGAAAAGUGACUUCAUAAUUCUGGUCUUUGAGAAAAUGGUCAUCUUUUCAUUUGGGAAAAUUUAGCAGACCUAGUCAGGUCACACUGUCUAGUGUAGACACAGCUUCCUGGGGGAUGCUGUUUCCAUUUCAUGUGAUGGUUUGUCAUCUGUAGCCCUUUCCAGCAGCCUGUGACAGUGACAUCCAGCUCAUGGAGGCAGGAAGCAAGGCAUACCUCUUGAUAUCCUGACACUUCUGUAUGGUGGAGUGAGUUCAGCACAAGGCCCAUCUAUGAAGGCAAGUCUGAAGACAUCCUCGGAAGAAGAUGACUUAAGCGAGCAUGGUCUUGUUUGAAAUAUAUCAUCUGUUCACUAUACUUCUGUGUGUGUAUUUUUCAAACUGUA